UCGUCCCUCUCCCGCUCCUCAGUCCGAACAGACGCCUUCCUCGCCCAUCUCUACAGACUGCUCUCCACGACAGGAGGCAUUGAGGCAGCACUAUGCACUCUAUACUACACCCUAGCCUUUACUCAUGCGCAGCUUACACGUCUGCUGGCGAAGAAGUACGAACGACUGGCCGAGAGCAUCGCUUCCAAAGCCUCUAAAACCAUGCUACCCGGCGAAACCUUGGUCGCGACCAUAGAGCCACCACACUUGACUCUCACAGAGAUAUGUGCUGCAGUAAAAAGUCUGGGAGAUGCAAUUGAGGACUUCAGAAUGUUCACUCGGCUGUGGAAUCUCUUGAAUAUCUAUCAGUGGGCGAAAGACACACGAAAGAAACAGACACGAGAUCCUGCUCUGAAGCUCUUGACUUGGGCUAGAAUCGGAGCCAGUGCUGGUUUCCAGCUUUUCGAAAACAUUGCAUACUUGACCCGACGUGGUGUGAUUCGAGGCGAGCGCUGGCGAAGUCGAGAAGCGACGUACUGGGUUUACAGCAGUCGUUUCUGGCUAGCAGAAGUUAUGAUCGAAGGAUUGCGAUUACUUCGGGUAAGACACAAAGAGCUGGAGGCGAGAUGGUGGCAGGAUGUGUAUGCGAAUCUGGGCUGGCUCCCAUCGAGUGUGCAUUUCAGUUUCUUCGACGAAGAUACCAGUCCUAUUACGGAGAGUGCUAUUGGACUUGGCGGCGUAAUACCAGGUAUCGUUGCGUUGAGAGAGGCAUGGAAGAAUACCGCUUGA